AUGCUAUACAUGAAAAGAGCUUUGAGAGGUCUUUCCAUCUGUAUCACCUGCUUGCUGAGUGUACUCCAGGCAAUCACUAUUUGCCCCAGAAGCUCCUGGUUAGCAAAGUUCAAGCAUAAACCCUCUUAUAUCUUAUGUUUAUUUCUUCUCUUUUGGGUCCUCACAACACCCAUAAGUGCCGGCAUAAUUACCUAUUCUUCUGCAGAUCCCAAUGAGACUAGGGAGAAUCUUUUGAUUUUCAACAAACACUGUGUUCUUUGGCCCAUGACAUACAGUGAUAGCUCCUUUAUGUCCAUAUUGAUAACUUUUAGGGACAGCUUCUUUGUAGGAAUCAUGAUCUUCUCCAGUGGUUACAUGGUGAUUUUUUUGUACAGGCAUAAGAGGCAAUCCCAGCAUAUUCACACUUUAAGUGUUGACUUUGAUAAAUGUGCUUUUAGUAAAGCUGAUAUUAAUAUACCGGGAGAUGAGCGGGAAUCUCUAUGCAGUUAA